CUCCCUCCUCUUCUCCUCCUCUCCGCCACCGCGUCCUGCAAUAUAUAUCCAACCCCGACUCGUCAAUCUUCCGUUCGAUUUUCUGCCGCCGUAUUUACACCUCUUUCUCUUCUCUCCUCUCCUGUCCUACCCUUGUUCUUAUCCACGCCGAGAGGGGUAGUUCCUUCUUCUUCUGGUGGGUUGAUCUCCUAACCUCGCCGCGCUAGCCGCGCCGCCGCCGCCGGUGUGGACUGUGGACGGAGCUGCACUUCGCCGGUUGGGGUUUCUCUUGAUGCGACGCGCGGACGCGGGCUGCCUCGUGUUGGUCGUCGGCGGCACGGACCGGUGAUUUGGCGAUGCCUUCGCUGUCUUGCCACAACCUGCUCGACCUCGCUGCCGCGGCCGACGACGCGGCGCCCCUGCCGCCGUCGCCAGCGUCGUCGCUGCGCCUCCCGCGCGUCAUGUCCGUGUCGCCAGCAUCGCCGACGUCGACGUCCACGCCGGCCCCCGCGCGGCGGGUGAUCGUGUCGCACAGGCUGCCGCUCCGAGCGGCGGUCGACGCGGCCUCGCCGUUCGGGUUCUCCUUCACGGUUGAUUCGGACGCCGUCGCGUAUCAGCUCCGGUCUGGGUUGCCCGCGGGUGCGCCCGUUCUGCACAUCGGGACGCUCCCGCCGCCCGCCACCGAGGCGGCCUCCGACGAGCUCUGCAACUACUUGGUGGCUAACUUCUCUUGCCUGCCGGUGUACCUGCCGGCCGACCUCCACCGCCGGUUCUACCACGGGUUUUGCAAGCACUACCUGUGGCCUCUGCUCCACUACCUUCUGCCGCUCACGCCGUCGUCGCUGGGCGGGCUGCCGUUCGACCGCGCGCUCUACCAUUCUUUCCUCUCGGCGAACCGGGCCUUCGCCGACCGCGUCACCGAGGUGCUCAGCCCCGAUGACGACCUCGUCUGGAUCCACGAUUACCACCUCCUUGCCCUCCCCACCUUCCUCCGCAAGCGCUUCCCGCGCGCCAAGGUCGGAUUCUUCCUCCACUCGCCGUUCCCCUCGUCGGAGAUCUUCCGCACCAUUCCCGUCCGGGAUGACCUCCUCCGCGCCCUCCUCAACGCCGACCUCGUCGGCUUCCACACCUUCGACUACGCGCGGCACUUCCUGUCCGCCUGCUCGCGGCUGCUCGGCCUGGAUUACCAGUCCAAGCGCGGCUACAUCGGCAUCGAGUACUACGGCCGCACCAUCACGGUCAAGAUUCUCCCCGUUGGGAUAGACAUGGGCCAGCUGAGCUCGGUGGUGUCGGCGCCGGAGACGGGGGAACUGGUCGGGCAGCUGACGGAGACGUACAAGGGGCGGCGCCUGAUGGUUGGCGUCGACGAUGUCGACCUGUUCAAGGGAAUCGGCCUCAAGUUCCUGGCGAUGGAACAGCUGCUGGUGGAGCACCCGGAGCUGCGAGGCCGCGCGGUGCUCGUGCAGAUCGCGAACCCGGCGCGCAGCGAGGGGCGCGACAUCCAGGAGGUUCAGGGCGAGGCCAGGGCGAUCAGCGCCCGGGUCAAUGCGCGGUUCGGCACGCCGGGGUACACCCCGAUCGUGUUGAUCGACCGCGCGGUGUCGGUGCACGAGAAAGCGGCGUACUACGCGGCGGCUGAGUGCUGCGUGGUGAGCGCCGUGCGGGACGGCCUCAACCGGAUACCCUACAUCUACACGGUGUGCCGGCAGGAGAGCACCGUCCUGGAGGAUGCACCGAAGCGCAGCGUCAUUGUGCUGUCGGAGUUCGUCGGGUGCUCCCCGUCGCUCAGUGGGGCAAUCCGUGUCAAUCCAUGGAGUGUUGAGUCUAUGGCAGAGGCCAUGAAUGCUGCCUUGAGGAUGCCUGAUGCGGAGAAGCGGCUGCGCCAUGAGAAGCACUACAAGUAUGUGAGCACCCAUGAUGUUGCCUACUGGGCGAAGUCGUUCGACCAGGACCUGCAGCGCGCUUGCAAGGAUCAUUUCUCGCGGCGGCAUUGGGGUAUUGGAUUUGGGAUGAGUUUCAAGGUGGUUGCUCUUGGCCCAAAUUUCAGGAGGCUUUCUGUCGAUCACAUUGUGCCGUCAUACAGGAAGUCCGAUAAUCGCCUAAUUCUCUUGGACUAUGAUGGCACAGUGAUGCCAGAGGGAUCAACUGAUAGGGCACCCUCAAUUGAUAAGGCACCCAGCAAUGAGGUCAUUUCUGUGUUGAAUCGUCUUUGCGAGGAUCCUAAGAACAGGGUGUUCAUCGUGAGCGGGCGAGGGAAGGAUGAACUUGGCAGGUGGUUUGCGCCUUGCGAGAAGCUGGGGAUUGCUGCAGAGCAUGGUUACUUCACAAGGUGGAGUAGGGACUCUCCUUGGGAGACUUGCGGGGUGGCCGUGGACUUUGAUUGGAAGAAGGCUGCGGUGCCAGUGAUGAAUCUCUACACAGAGGCAACGGAUGGUUCAACCAUCGAGCAGAAGGAAAGCGCGUUGGUUUGGCAUCACGAUGAGGCAGAUCCGGAUUUCGGUUCAUGCCAGGCAAAGGAGCUGCUUGACCACCUCGAAAACGUGCUUGCAAAUGAACCCGUCGUUGUUAAAAGGGGCCAGCAUAUCGUUGAAGUAAAUCCACAGGGCAUCAGCAAAGGUGUGGUUGUGGACAACCUCUUGUCAUCCAUGGUGAGCCAAGGGAAGGCUCCUGAUUUCGUCCUGUGCAUCGGGGACGACCGGUCGGACGAGGACAUGUUCGAGAGCAUCGUGUGCCCGUCGAACAGCAGCGUGAAGCUCCCGACCAGCACCGAGGUGUUCGCCUGCACGGUCGGCAAGAAGCCGAGCAUGGCCAAGUACUACCUCGACGACACCGUCGACGUGAUCAAGAUGCUGCAGGGUCUCGCCAACGCGCCGUCGCAGCGGCCAAGGCAAGUGCAGCUGCGGGUCUCGUUCGAAGGCUCGCUGUGAGGGGGGAGAAGGAUCAUUCUGCACCGUAUAAAAACCAUGGAGAAAAUUCCAAUAACUAAUGGAGAACGACAUGAUUCAGUUCGUGUGGUCUAGGGGGGUUAGCUGCAGUUACAGGAUAAAACAGGUUUUUUGGUUUUCUUAAAUCUUCUUUUUAAAAUCAUUUUCAGCCUUUCCAUCCGUUGUAUAUGCCCGUAUGAUAAUAUGCGAGAAGGUUUCAUUUCAGCCACCUUGUAUAUGUAGUUGACGAUGACGAUGAAAUCAGAA